AAACAUCCCAUCGACAACAAAUCAAUUUGCCAAUCUUUAUACAAACUAUAAUAAAACUAGAACUUCCACGAUGAAGGGCCUUUACACCGUGUUCCUUGCUUUGACUGCCGUACAGGCUACACCAACUAUCAACAGCGAAUCCAAAGCACUUAAUGCCCGGGCAGUCGACCUCAAGGUUCAGUACUACAAGGAUGGCGGCUGCACAGACUACGCUGUAUCGAUUUGGCCCGGUACUUCAAACAAAUGUUAUGGAUACAGCUACAGCAACACAAACAGCGCAAACAUUGUUAGCUGCGGUGGUAGGGGUGUUGCUUGCACCUGCUAUAUGUUUGAGCAGGAUAACUGUAAAGGGAACUCUGUCCGGACAGUUGCUCUAUCAGGAUCCGGCUCCGCUUGUGUUAGUAAUUGGGGCAAGGGCUACAAGUCCAUGCAGUGCUACACUACCCAGAUAGCCUAGUUGUGAAGAGGAUUUAUCCAGCAUCCUCCUUUAAGUACUCGCCCCAUAUUGUUCUUGCAAGAAUGGUAUGAGCACAGGGUGUGACGGAGAAUGCCUUUAUCUUCAAUGGGCGAUCAAGCAGUCAAGCCUUUACAUUCGGAAACUAUGCUCUGCUGGCAGGAGUUGUCAUAACACCAAGUUGGGCGCACUUAUACAAGUAUUAGUUUAGCUUAGUGUACAACUAUGCGAACGACAUCUUGGGUUUAUCGCCUCGACAUUCUUAUUUCCCUCCUACUGGUAUGCUCCCCAUGUUUGAAGUUACUUCUUGAAACAGUCACUAGGGUUUCAAUAAAUAUGAUUCAAUACUACAAGGCUUCUUUUA